AUGGGUCGGAGGACAGCUGUUCCGGCAUUGAAGGGGACAGUUUUCACGGUAGUUGUGGUGACCGGAUGGAGAUCCGAGGCAGGUGGAGGGCAUUCGCGUGAAGCUCGGUCAGAAGCGGUGGUCGCGAUUUGGAGAAACUGCAUCGUCUGUGCUUUCCGACCACAAUUCGUUGGCGGCGGAGGAUUUGUGAGUGAUUAUGGAGAUGAUAGAAGUGAUGAAUUGUAUUUACAAUGGUGGGUGGUUUAUGUCAAAACUUUCAAUACUCCGUUUUGGGAAGCUAGAUGGUUGGAAGGUAUUAUUUUGAAGGAGGAAUAUUCGUCUUUAUUCAUGGCUUCUUACUUGAAGAGGGUUUCAGUGGCGGCAAUGGGCGGUUGGAUAGAAGGAACAUGGAAAUGGAGCGGUUUUGGUAUUAAUUCGGAGUUUUUGGAAAUUUCCAGAAAUUUGGUUCUUUGUGCUCAAUUUUGGGAGCAGUUGGAGGGUUUAAGUAGGUUUUUGGAAGGAAAAGAUUCGAUUGUUUGGAAUUUAAACUCGGAAGUUGAAUUUUCGGUGUCUUCGUGUUAUAAUUUCUACGGUAGAUAUUUCAUUCCUACCGGUCCUCCUAACAAAUUUGAUGGAUUUUUUGGACUUCUUUGGAAAUUGGAUGUGCCAUUUAAAAUCAAGGUUUUUGGGUGGAGGCUUUUUCUCAGGAUUCCAACAAAGGACCUUUUGGUGUAUAAAGGUAUUUCUUUUCCUUUACAUGAUUUAAAGUGCAAUUUUUGUGGAAUUCAUUCAGAGAAUAGAGAUCAUUCCUUUUUUAAUUGUUUGGUGGUUAGGAAGAUUUGGAGUGAAAUGACUUGUUGGGUUGGCAAAUUAGAUAGGAUGGAAGAAGAGUGUUCAUCGCAUUUUAUGGAUUGGCACUUAUUUUUUUGGUAUAAAAAGGUUAAAGAUAGUAAGUUAGGAGUAGUUUGGCUAGCCACUUUAUGGACAUUAUGGUUGGUAAGGAACUCGGUUUGUUUUCGGAAUGAAGAUUGGAACUUUAACAAUUUUGUUUGGAACAUUAAGAUGUUGGUUUGGAAGUGA